CUCAGUCCAGAAGAAAUAAACGAAGUUGAAGAAAUCAUGCAUGAGAGACAUCCUCUGUAUUAUACAUGAAACUCUGUAUUUGAUAUAUUCCCUGCCUUCAGAAGUAUAUUCUGUUGUUUUGGAGAUAAAAAGCAACGUGAGCAGCCUAUACUUCCUCAGGAAUUUGAAAGAAGCGAUGCUCCAGCCAACCCUCAAAAACCUGAAGAGCAAGGAGAAAAGAAGCUAGGGUUUGGAAUAGUUGCAUACUUUGAUCUCCAAAAGUAUUUGUCAGUACUUUUCCUGAUCAUAUUUAUCCUCCAAUUACCAUCCCU